AAUUCGAUCAUCUUAAUUAGUUCUGUACCUCAUUAUAUACACAUACAACAAAUAGAGACCAGAUUAAGAUGACAAUUAGGACAAAAUCCCUCUUUUUCACCAUCCUAGGCCUAGCAUUUGUAGCCCAAAUUGCAAUAGCUCAAAACUGCGGGUGUGCCGCAAACCUGUGUUGCAGCGAAUUUGGUUAUUGCGGCACCAGCAACGCCUACUGCGGCAAGGGUUGUCAAGCAGGACCUUGUACUACCACCACACCUACACCAACUACUAACGGUGACUCGGUGGCGAACAUUGUGACCACUAACUUCUUUAAUGGGAUUAUUAACCAGGCUUCCGCUAGCUGUGCCGGGAAGAGCUUCUACACCAGACAGGCUUUUCUCAAUGCCCUCGGCUCUUACAGCAAUUUUGGUACCAGCGGUUCCGCUGAAAAGAAUAAGCGGGAGAUUGCAGCUUUCUUUGCUCAGGUCACUCAUGAGACUGGCCAUUUUUGCUACAUAGAAGAGAUAAAUCGCGGUACCUACUGCAAGAGAAGUACAGACUACCCAUGCAACCCUAACAAGAAGUACUAUGGGCGAGGACCACUCCAACUCACCUGGAACUACAAUUACGGAGCUGCCGGAAAAGCUAUUGGCUUUGACGGCUUAAACUCCCCUGAAAAGGUGGCUUCAGACCCUGUGGUGGCGUUCAAGGCGAGCUUAUGGUUUUGGAUGAGCAAUGUUCACUCUGUUCUAAGCCAAGGAUUUGGAGCCACAACUCGAGCCAUCAACAGUGGGGAAUGUGGUGGCGGAGCCCCAAAUAAAGUUCAAGCUCGCAUCAACUAUUACAAGCAGUAUUGCACCCAACUUAAUGUUUCUCCGGGUGACAAUCUCUAUUGCUAAACAUGUUAACUAAUUGGUAUUGGAAUAAAUUAAUAAAAGUGCAGCUAGCCUAAAAGAUAUGACAUGAAUUAAUCGAUCUCGUCUCUCUCAAACACGAAAUGUUAUGUAUGGUUCUGAAAUUUGGUUUGGGGCUAUCUCUUGCUUUUCUGGUUGGGAUCUGAUUUGCUAUGCUUGCGCGCGUUGGGCUUAUCUGGUUGUUUUCCAUGCCUUGGGUUGCCGUUUCUGUGUCUUGAUGCGGUUCGAUUGGUAGCAGCGGCGGUCCUGUGUCCUGCUAUUGCAGUUUCCUCCUUUGGGGUGUAUGCACAGCCUUGGAUGGCCUGGGCUUUUGUUGUUUAUUGUAACUGUUGUUUAGUUGCUGUUUUGUUCAGUUUGCUUUCUCUUUGUAACAUAUUGUUUCGUUAAUAAAAAUCCUUUUCACCGCCGAAAAAAAACACGAAAUGUAUUGAUAA